ACUGAGAAGUGCCAGCUUCAGUCACAGCUGAGGUCACAACAGAAAACAUGGCGGCGUCCAGGAAAGCAACCGUGGUGUUGAAGACUGUGAAGAAAAUAGCGAUUCAGUUUUCCGCGUUUGAGUCUAAUGUUCGGUCCACACGGGAGUUUCUCGCCAAGGUGGGAUCAGAAAAAGCCAGAGCUACUAACAUAAACUGUGAGGUGAUAUCCACAGUGAAACACGACAAGUCUGAACCUGUAGUGGACAUAACCUAUGUAGAUGGAGAGAGGCUGCUGAUGAAGGGAGCUAAGCUGACCAGCAGUGAGAUGCUUAACACGUUUCAGUCCCUGUGCACAGCCAAGGAUCCACAGGCCAAAACUGCAGCGAAAAAAUAACGUUAAUCUAACCCCAAAUAUGUCUGUGUUGAAUUUCUCUGAACGUUUAAAGUAUUUUGUUUGAGGUUUAUAAUAAAAGUAUUUCACAUGAA